GAGAUACAUACAUUCGUUCCAAUCAUAUAAUUCAACAAUCCAGAGAGAGAGAGAGAGGGCGAGAGACAGACAGACAGACAGACAGACAGACAGACAGACCGAGAGAGAGAGACUGAAAGAGGCAGAGAGAAGAAAGCCGAUGAUCAAGUAAUACUCCACACGUUCCAACCGAUUACACAAAUUGCUUUUGAUAUCAAUUGGAUUAUAUCAUCGACAAUAUUCAAACUUUCUUUCUAUCUAUCUAUCUAUCUAUCUCGCCAUUAUCCUUCCUCUCUAUUAUUCCCUUCACACCUUCACACCUUCACUCCUCCACUCCUUCACUCCUCCACUCCUCCAUACCUCUUCCGACUCCUCCACCACCUUCUGCUCCCAAGCAAUCCUAUAGGGUAUCUGAGAAUGGAUUGAGAAGACCAAUUGACCUAUCAAUUGUACCAGUUCUACCAGUUCCACCAAUUCCGCCAUCUUCCUCGAUCCUCAUCAAUUCUCGUCAAUUGACUCACUCAUUCAUUCGUUACUAAACACUGAUCCCGUCCGGCCGAAGAUUCCCACACCCAACCGUCAUCGCAAAUCUCUCCCCAAACCCCCGACUCUUGAUUUUUCCGCCGUCUAGACGUUUGGAAUAAGCAACGAGACUCCUGCAGAUCAUGGACGAAGCAAGCAAGCUCGUAAGAGAGCUGUCUAACAAGCUUACCGAGCUUGAUCAUAAGGUUGAUUUGUAUCGGAAGGACAUGAACAAGGAAUAUAUUAAGUAUGAAGAGGAUUUAUUAAAGAAUGUCGCUCCAAGCAUUUCGCAGGAGGUUUCCAAAAUGAUUGCCGAAGAGGUAAAGAAUUGCAAGGCUCUUUAUCCAUUCGCCGAAAAUGUCGAUAUCGAUAGCUUAGACUCAUGCGCCAAAACUGCAAACACAGGCACAGGCACAGGUACAGGUACAGGUACAGGUACAGAUACAGAUGUAGGCAUAGGCAUAGGCACAGGCAACAACAAUCCCAGCUCCAGCUCCAGCUCCAGUCCCAGUCCCAGUCACAGUUCGAAUUCCACUCUCAAUGGUAACAACACAAUCGGAGUCACAAGCACGCCGCAUGAGAAUUCAAAUGUGAUGACAAACGGCAUUUCCAAGGCCAUGGACUCACCACAAUUAGGUUUCGGUACCUCGGCGUCUUUAAUUCCCAAUAAUACGAAAAGGGCAGUAGCAGCAGAUGAAGAGGAGCGUCCGAGAAGCCCACAUGCGCGAGAGAAGGAAUUCACAGGAGUCUUUACACCAAGUUACUUGCCAUUGUUAGAUUCCAACAGUCGAUACGAACGAAAAGCGAAUGCGAACACUGAGCUCAACAACAAGCCAAAGGAUGCACAAAUGGAUACCUCAUCGCAAUCACAGUCACAGUCGCUUGUUGACGCAAGUACAGAUACUAGAUCUUUGAAUGCCUCUCCAGAUCCCAGAAGUCCUUCGAUACCCAAACGAAAAAAUACCGAUGAGAUUUCGAUCGCGUCCAAUAGUAGUAGUGAUGGACCACGUCGCAGAAGCGCUUUACGAAGAACAUCUACUAGUUCGAAGAAUACAAGUCCUCGAAGAGUUCGUUUUGAUGUGGAAGGAGAAGAAGUCUUACCAACAGCAUCGCCCAAAGAAUUAGAGCCAAUUCUUCCACCUUCCUUCUCAGAUGAUUCAGAUGAUGAGGCUGGGUGCGAAAUGGUCGAAGAUAUUGAUGCGCCGCCACCAAAAAGAAUCUCUUCCUCUCAGGCAUUACGAGCCUUAUCGAGAGGUCCUAUAGAGGAUGACGGAACACAAUGGACCACUGUCGUUGCUCCGCCAGAUGGAUCGGCAUCGGUUGACACUUUGGAAGAUGAUGUUUAUACUACCAAUUACUUCGACUCUAGACCAACUCCUAUACCCAUCGCACCUCGAGACGAAAAUAUCCCACCGAUCUCCAUACCAACAAAAAUACCACAACCCGAACCACAGGCUCAAGUGAAGCACAUAGAGGCUCUACCGGAGGACGAUACAGAUGUUCUAUCGGACGACGAUAUGCUGGAUAUGCCAUCUUUGCGACAAAUGAGAAGUCAAAACAAACAACCUGCGAGCAUUCUAUCCCCGAAAAAGAAUGAGAAUCCGGAACCAGCAAUUUCCCCCUUGCAGAUGAAAGUGCCAAGCAAACCACUUACACUCGAGACUAUGGAACCUAGAGGAAAGGGUGAUGAGAAAUCAACCAGCUUGACCUUCCAGGAUGACGAACAAGAGGAUUUAUUUUCCUUUGACGAAAACCCCAGUCUCGGAAGCCGUCCUCAAGAUGAAGAAGAAGAUGAAUCGGAUGUAGAAGAACCUACUUCGCCGAGUAUCGAAGAAGACCCUGACAAUGUCGAACUUUCUAAAUCUCCUGCUCGACCAAUUCUGAGUAAUUUCAGUAAUAAGAAAGUAACAACUGCUCCUGCUCCUGCACAUGGAAUCGUUGGUUCUUACAAAGGUCGUCCAUUCAGUAUGCCAGUUGUCAAUGAUGCAGUACAUGCCAGUGCCGCGUCAAUGGGAGCUAUGAAUUCAUUUGUUGGAAGUGUCAAUGGUCGUAGUGGGCUUGACGCAAGCGAUAUCUUGAGUUUUAGAACAAGUGGAGGAGUGGGUAGUUUUUCUGGAACCCCAAAGAGUAUGAGUGAAAGGAUGAUGAUGGAUGAUUUGAUGGAGGCAGAGGGAGAAAGCCAGAAGAAUUAGGAUCUGCUAUUUAUGGACACUCAAGAAUUUGGUACAAGAACUGGGAAACAAGCAUACUAGGCGAUGGGGGCAUACAACGUAGGGGAAAUGGGACUCGUGGUGUAUUUAUGUUUGUACUCUUUACAAUUGCAUAUCUUUUGGCGUUUUACGGAUGGAUCAUCGAUUUCUACGUCAUUAUAAUAUGACGAAUGAGGCUAGAUGAUCAUAAGCAUGGUAUGGGAAAUGGGGCGGCUUCUUUUUUUUUCAUUGAGGGGCGCUCUCAGCUUUGGUUCGGCUCGGUUACAUGAUUGAGUGAAGAGUUGUAGGCUGUAGCAUAGUCUAUAUUUCACGCAUGGGAUUUAUAGGGGAGUGUGUGGUGUGAAGUGGAGUGGCGUAGCGUAGCGUGGCAUGCAUCAAUUGAUUGUAAUCAGACAGACAGUAGAUGAUGAAUUGUGUAUUUCGCACUGCGUAUGUAUCAGGCAUAUGGGUAUGCUUGCACCUAUUUAUCUACAUAUUAGGUACGGGAUCUUUUGCACGUACAAUACAUGCUCA